AUUCAAUCAAUCCAUCAAUCAAUUUGUUUUUUCUGUGUUUUAUUUAUAUUUCUCUAAAUACAUGUGAAAUUUUAGUUCUAAGGAUAAAAUAUUAUAAAUUAAAUGUAAAUUAUAUUUUGGAACGGAGUCAGUACUUUAGCAAUUAUGAUUUUGUUUUAUUGUAUUUCAGGGCAUAUCUGUAGAUGAUGUAUGCUUUCUGUUACGGUACAGUGCUGCCAUGUUUGUUAGUGACAAUGCUGGACCAGUGGUGUUACUUUGCUCUGAACUACCCCCUGAUUCAAUCGCAGUUGCUGUGUCAUUGCCAGAGGCGAAAGAAGCUAACAGCACAGUUGCGCUCAUCAAUGCCAUCGUAGAUUACUUGGAAGCUGGUACCAGUAAUUCAGUGUUGUCAGCUGUCGUCACCAUUCAAAAAUUAACAUACUCACUUCAGUCAUCCCAAAAUAAUCAAUUUACGCAGAAUCUGUGGAUGUUUACACUACUUGUUGUGCUAUUGCUGUCCGUGAUUCUAUUGCUGUUUGUUUUUUACCGAGUUUAUCGACGUCACAGAAGAAAGCAGGUCCCUCGCGAGGACGAGGAAGACACAUCUCCAUCAGAGCCUAAAAAUAAUCAACAACAAGCCGCAAUAAAACGAUAUCAUAAUCAGCUUUUUACAAACCAAAGAGCGGCAGGCAGUAGCAAAGCAGCUACAUCAGGCGAUGCAUCACGCACGCCGAGCACAAAAUAUACACAUAGCGAAAAACAUGUGGAAGAAACACACACAGAUAGCAACCAACAGAAGAACUCACAAAAAUGCACUGUUGAUGUUCACAUGGAGAACACAAGGACCAAACAGAAGAACUCUUUGCAUUUGAAUGUGGAGAAGAUCUGAAUAAUUAUUAAUGUUGAAAUGUUUCCAAAUAUUUGUGAAAACAUGGUCUUCAUAGCAACACUGUAAUGUACCAUAGCAACAGUAACCAUGGUAGAUAAGUAUGCUGCUAGGGAAAUAGCUUCCCUCCUAUCAUCACAGAUUAAAGCUCUCCAAACUUUUUCAGCAGUAAUUCCACCAAAAUAUUUAGUUUUAUAUGGACUUCAAGAACUUGAAUUAAAAGACAG